AUGAAGAGCAAAGCCCUGUUCCUGGUGGUCCUGGGCGUGUGGCUCCAGAGUCUGACUGCCUCCCGCGGAGGGGUGGCCGCCGUCGACAGAAGAGAUUUUGAAGACAUUGAAAGUAAAUUUGCCCUAAGAACUCCUGAAGACACAGCUGAGGACACUUGCCACCUCAUUCCUGGAAUAACAGAGUCUGUGGCCAACUGUCACUUCAACCACAGCAGCAAAACCUUCGUGGUGAUCCAUGGCUGGACAGUGACGGGAAUGUAUGAGAGUUGGGUCCCAAAACUUGUGGCUGCCCUGUACAAGCGGGAACCAGACUCCAAUGUCAUUGUGGUGGACUGGCUGUCCCGGGCUCAGCAGCAUUACCCAGUGUCCGCAGGCUACACCAAGUUGGUGGGAAAGGAUGUGGCCAGAUUUAUCAACUGGAUGGAGGAGGAAUUUAACUAUCCUCUGGACAAUGUCCAUCUCUUGGGAUACAGCCUUGGAGCCCAUGCUGCUGGUAUUGCAGGGAGUCUGACCAACAAGAAGGUGAACAGAAUUACUGGCUUAGAUCCAGCAGGACCCAACUUUGAGUACGCAGAAGCUCCAAGUCGCCUUUCUCCUGAUGACGCGUAUUUUGUAGAUGUCUUACACACAUUCACCAGAGGGUCCCCUGGUCGAAGUAUUGGAAUCCAGAAGCCAGUAGGGCACGUUGACAUUUACCCAAAUGGCGGCACUUUUCAACCAGGAUGCAACAUUGGGGAAGCUAUCCGGGUGAUUGCAGAGAGAGGCCUUGGAGAUGUGGACCAACUAGUGAAGUGCUCCCAUGAGCGCUCCAUUCAUCUCUUCAUCGACUCCCUGUUGAAUGAAGAAAACCCAAGUAAGGCCUAUCGGUGCAGUUCAAAGGAAGCUUUUGACAAAGGGCUCUGCCUGAGUUGCAGAAAGAACCGUUGCAAUAAUCUGGGCUAUGAGAUCAAUAAGGUCAGAUCCAAAAGAAGCAGCAAAAUGUACCUGAAGACUCGUUCGCAGAUGCCUUACAAAGUAUUCCAUUACCAAGUAAAGAUUCGUUUCUCUGGGACUGAAAGUGAGACACACAGCAACCAGGCCUUCGAGAUUUCUCUGUAUGGCACAGUGGCUGAGAGUGAGAACAUUGCUUUCACCCUGCCAGAAGUUUCCACAAAUAAGACAUACUCAUUCCUAAUUUACACGGAGGUCGAUAUUGGAGAGCUGCUGAUGCUGAAGCUCAAAUGGAACAGUGAUUCCUACUUUGGCUGGUCAGACUGGUGGAGCAGCCCUGGCUUCGCUAUUGAGAAAAUCAAAGUAAAAGCAGGAGAGACUCAAAAAAAGGUGAUCUUCUGCUCCAGGGAGAAGGUGUCACAUCUACAGAAAGGAAAGACACCGGCAGUAUUCGUGAAAUGCCAUGACAAGUCCCUGAAUAAAAAGUCUGGCUGAAACUGAGCAAAGCUCCAGAAAGAAGAGCAGGACAUGAAUUCUGUGAAGAAUGAAAUCAAUGAAGCAACUUUUACAAAAGAUGGCCCAUGCUUUGGGUGUUUAAAAGUAUAUCUUUCCUGAGUAUUAAUCCCAGCUAUAUUCUUGUUAGUUAUUUUAGGAGACAGACUCAAAAUACUAAACAGUGGCUAAUUCCAUUGGAGGAGAACAGUCCACAUCUUCCAGCGUUAAAAGCAGCCAGUGUGAAAAGCACUACGUUUUAAGAAAAGAAUUGUUUGGGCCCACAGUAAAAUAAGAGUCUUCCAUGUGGCGUCUUGGGCCAUAGCCUAACAUUGGUUAGAACCUCCUAUUUUAAUUGAAAUUCUGGAUUUUUCUGGACUGAUGCCUUCUCAACGUUUUCCCCGAGUCUGAAUAUAGAAAAUGGUUUUCUGUGUCCUGAGUCAGACCCAUGUGCAACUUGGCAGUUGAAACGCCUGAUUUUUUGCAAUGGUUCUCCCUUUGUCUUUGGGAUAUGGCCCAGGAAUUAACCAGGAACAUGUGACUUAGAGAGAGGGACGGAGAAUGGGCUGAUGAAAUAGUGAGCCUCAGUCACCGUCAUUGGUUCGCAUUAUGACAAAGUUGAAAGUUAAAGGAAGUAUAAAAUUGAGAUCAAUUAAUUCUUCCUUUUCCAUCAAUUCAUUCUUAACAGACUUUGCAGAUUAUUGUUUAAUUAACCUCUGUCUCUCCCCUCCCUUUUGCUGUCUCAAGAUUAUAUUUAAAAAAGGUUCUCUGGACAGGUGUUGAAAAUGAACCUGGAACCCUCAGCCAACACAUAAUUGGAAUGGUGCAGAAAGAAAAAUGAUACCAUACUUUUAUUAUCGGGUUUUCCAAAUUAUUUUCAUCAACCUGAAAUCAUUCAAUAUCAAAUAGUUCCUAAUCAAUUCCAGGCUUGUCUCACUCACACUUCAGUUAUACUUUGAGGGUGAGUCUUUUCUUCCUGGCUUUGACAAGGAAAAAUGUGUUCAAGUUGAAAUUUUGCAUCGUGCAGGCUUCUACAAAGUUUAAUCGAAGACCGUUUUUACUAAGUAAAAUGGUGGGGAAGUUUCUGGGGCAUAUUAUUAAUAACAAACAGUGCUUAUAAACCAUUGUGUGCAAGUAGCCACAUGCCCUGAGGGUUGCUAUUUGUUGUUCUUAACAACCAAUCAAGAGUGAGUGGACAAUUAUUUAUUAACUAGAUCGCACAUUUUCAGAAUGCUUUUCUAUGUAUAAAUAUAUAAUGAUAAAAAAACAAGUCAAAUAUCUCAGAGGCUAUUGCUGGGAACCCAAACUGUGAAUGUGUGUGCGUAUCUGAACACAUACUCAUAUAUAAGGCGUGUGAUUAUCAUUCAGCAUGGUUUGGAAAGUAAAGGAAUCGAUCCACGGUGUGUUAGGUCAUGUUGGAGUAGAAAUGGUUCCAGAUGUGCCAGGAGUUCAGCCCGAGAAAUAUGGUCGUGCACAUAUAAUGCAGGACCAGUGUUGUGAUUGACCCCAUCAGGCGUGGAAUGAAUUCUCUCUAAAAAUAAAAUGAUGUAAGAUUU